AUGUCAGCCAUGGAGGGGUCUGGCUGUAGCAAGCUCUUUUCCUUCCCAGAAGACCAACUGCACCUGCAUGACGCUGCCUUGGAUUUGAUCCGAGCAGCCAGCAACUUGCAGAUCGUUGCCAUCAUGGGCGAUGGACGGGCAGGAAAGAGUCACCUGGGCAAUGAGAUUCUAGGGCAACAAGCCUUCAAGACAUCGAAUGGUGGUGAUGCUAUGACUCAUGGUGUGGACAUAGCGCUGCAAGGCAACAAACUGCUGAUGGAUUGCGAGGGUCUAAACAAUGCCUUGGCACCCAGCCGUGCCCAGGUCUUGCAGAUUGGAGCGGCAUUGGCUUCAACUCUGAUUUUCGUUUUGGACGGGAAGCUCUCAGAAGCAGGCCUUGACAUGCUGUCAGGGGUUAUUGCUCAAAUGCAGCUGCAUCACAAGCGCUUGCCCACCCGGCUGCUGCUGGUUGUCAACAAGUGUCUCCUGGACUACGAGCCACGUGACCUGGAAACAGCUUUGGAAUCAACGCACGGGAAUCGCGGCAGCCGGGAAGCCAUUGCGCGUGCAUUUUCCCAGCGGGAUUUUGUGGUCGUCCCCUUUGAAGAGUUCAAAAAAGGCGGCUACCAGCAAGCCGUCAAUGAAUUGAACAGAAUUACGGCGCAGGAUACUCUGAAGGUUGAUGGGCCUCAGCUGAGUGAAACGAUCCGCUCACUGGCGGUCCAACUGAGGGACUCCAUAUGUGACAUGCCCAGCCUUCAUCAGCAGAUCAUGGAGAGAUUUUUGCAGACCCAAGCCGAUGCGGUCUUGCAGAAUUUCAGUGAAUCCUUGGGCCCAAAGCCGGUGGAAUAUGACCCAGAGUUCAACAUUGACAUCUCUGGGAGCUUGAAGAGCUUUGAGGACAUUGUCCAGAACUUGUCUUUAGGGGAGGUGGCAGAACCACUGGCCAAAAGACUCCGUACCAACUUGGAGGCUUCAGCUGGGGAAUGGCGACGUUCCAACGAAGCUUUGGGCGAUAGUAUCGCCAACUGGCGGGAAGUGCUGCGUCGAGGCUGUCACCUUUUGGCUUCCAAGAGGAUUGGUGCGAGAAUUGUGGUGCAGCGCAAGCAGGAUCUCAGCCCGUUUUUGGCUUCGUCCAAUGUGAUUCGCUUGGACCCGCCAGUGCCUCUUUCAGUGCGUUGGAUGUGGCACCAUUUCCAUCCGCAUCUCAACCGAGAGAGUCACGACUUCGCGGCAGUUGUGAGGGAUGGGCUGGUCGUUGCAGUGAGGGUGGCCGCCCCUGCAUUACCAGCUGGAAUCCAACCUCCACGCGGCAAUGCCCGGCACAGGGGGGCCUUGAGUGUGAGCCUUCGUUCUGACGCUUGGGUUGCCGUGGUUUCGGAGGAACGUGGGGAGACCAGUGUGGCAUGCGCAGGGGAGCUCUGGGAUGCCGGGAGCAGUUUCCCCAAUGAUCAGAACUAUGAAGCGCAGGAGCAGCAGCGCAGGAACAUCCUGAUGGGAUUGAAGUUGCUGUGGGAGAGUCGCAGAAUCAGUUCCUGGGCCCGUGGACGUGUUCAUUCUUUGAAGGAGCUAUGGGUGUGGGAUGGAAAGGCUAAGGAUGAGCAAUCUGGGCUGGAGGCAGAAUCCAGGCACCACAAAUCAAAGGAUGGUGCGAAAAGCCACGCGGAGCAGCUGGCGAAAGCGAACGCGAACCUGAACGUUCUCAACAAGAAGGGCCAGUCGGCGAUUCAUACAGCCUCCCAUGCGGGGCUGGAUGAGGUUGCGCGCUGGCUGACAGACCAUGCCAGUCCAGGACUGAUCAACGUCCAGGACAAGCACGGCCGCACAGCUUGGUAUUGCGCCACGCGAGCCGCGGAAGAAAGUGGCAACACAGACACUGUGAAGGUGCUGAAGGAGAAGAAACCCAUCACCACCCUGAAGCCGUACAAGGAGUGGAAGGUGGAUCUUCCUCCAAAGCCCCAAACCUUAGUGGAUCCCGUGGCGGUGGUGGCCAAGAAGAAGGCUGCCAAGGCCGCGGAACGGGCUGAGAAGAAGAAGAUGAAGAAGCUCACCGUGGCGGUGGAGGAGGAGCCUUCCAUAGAUCACUUCGUCAUUGCCGGCAACCGAAUGGUUGGAGUAGCGAGUAGCAAUCAGGGCAUGUCUAGGACCUUGGAACCCUUGGAAUCCAUCACUGUGUCACCCAAACGCAGUGAUGAUGAGCUGCGACACCUGUCCGAAGAGUUGUCGCAGGUGGAGAAGCGGUGGAUUUGGAUCUUCGUCGCUGACACUGAAGUGGUGGCAUGGAGCUCAGCGGUGAGGGCAGUGCUGCAGGACAACCUCCAGGAGUCGCGGUAUGUGCCGUGCAAAUGCGGAGAGGAGCAGUCGACAGAGGAUCUUGUUAAGGAUGCGGAGUCCUUGCUCAAAGAGGUCUAUGAGGCCGUCAUGGCGAAGCAAACUCAGGAGGGUGAGGAACUCAGAGUUUUAGUUCGGCAAGCGACUCGCAGAUAUGGUGAUAGAGUAGAGAGAGAUGCUUUGAAGCAGAACCAGGGAACAUUUUCACCUGAGCUGCACUGCAAUGUGGCCGCAACUUGGACUUUUUAG